AUGGCCCCCUCCGGCUAUCCAGUGGUAGCCGGUCUUCCGUCUCCGGCUUCGGCCUCCGGGCUGACCGGUCUGACUACAGGCUAUGAGUCUCCGUCAGAAGAGCAUCCGCCUUUCUUUUCGGCCGUAGCGUCGGCGCCCGCUGCCCAUGACGGGAAGACAAAUCAAAACCCAAGGCGUCUUGCCGUACCGCGGCCUGUACUAACUCAACGACCGUCGUAUAUCGCCGCGGUUGCUUUUGAGGAUGCCAAUGGCAACAACCAAAGUCGCCCUCGGCUCGUUAACCAAAGUUCUACAAUUACCGCUCACAGCUUGAAUCAUGUUAUGGCCACAGUGGAAAAGACGCCUCAGAGCCGAAAGGUCGGUCUAAGGGAUCGCAUUGCCUGUUACCAAUGGACUUAUUUUACUUUGAUUUCAUCUUCGCCCGGGGAGUUUCAUACAUUCUUUUACCGAUCAGAUAGAAUCACUAUUUAUCUCAGCAUCUGCCCGUGGCUUCUUAACGCCAUGGAGUGGGUGUUCUGGGUCUAUGCCGCCCUCAGCGUUUCUGUCAGCGCAUUUUUAUAUCUUAUUUUAUGGUCAACACUGAUCUUCCCCGUUCACACAAUGACACCCACAUGGGUCUUUCCCGCAUACCCCCUACUUCUCAAUGCACCCUUUGCAGCAAAUCUCAUCGCUGCAGCGGAAUCUUCGGGCCAUAAAAUGACAGUAAAUACCGUGGCUAUGGCGCUCGGAGCUACUGCGAUUCAAGGAACCGGAUGUUUAAUCGCCUUUAUGAUAUCUUCUGCUUUUAUUUAUCGUCUAAUGACUCAGAAGCUUCCACGGGAUAAUCAGAGACCCGGUAUCUUCAUGUCUAUAGGUCCUUAUGGGUUUACUGCAGCUGGUAUAGCCCAACUCGGUAGCCAGGCAGACUUACUUGUGCCUGAGGACUUUCUAGGCGCUUCACAUGUCGCAGACAUCAUCAAAGUCAUAAGUAUUCUUGUGAGUCUCUGGCUAUGGGGCCUUGCCCUGUGGUUUUUCCUAGUAUGCGUCGGCGCAUUGUGGAAAUAUACCAGGUCAGGCCACCAUAUGCCCUUCCAGAUGACAUGGUGGUCUUUUGUGUUUCCCAAUACUGCUCUUGUUACGGCCACUAGCGUCAUGGGUAAGGUCUUUGACAAUAAUGGCCUACACAUCUUUGCGUCUGUCAUGACCGUUGCUAUCAUCAUUGUCUGGAUCAUAAUCUUUGCAAGGAUGUGCUGGAGUCUUAAAACGAAGAAGCUUCUCUGGCCCAGGGAUGAAAAAUAG